GACCCUCCCAAUAUGGCGGACAUGUUAGCGUCUCGCUGAUGCCCUGUGUGGGCGGGACUUCCUGGUGUUCUACUCCGUGAUUGGCGGCUCCAGCCUCUGACCCCAGUGCGCAGACUCGUGCUUCUCUCCGGUACAAUGGCGGCAGUUGGAGCGCCGUCCUCCGUGUUUUCUCGGGUUUCUGUCCACGGAGCAGCAGCGGGAGAGUUAAUAAAGCUGUAAGACAGAAACAGCAGCAGUUGGUGAACUCUGGAAAGAAGAGAAACGGUUUGAGGCUCAGCUGGAACUGCUCAGUAACUGUUAAAGGAAAGUUUGGAGAGAGAAAAGCUAGCAGAGAUGUGGAGGCAGCAGGUCAGACAGCGACUGGAUGCAGCAGAGGAGCAGAGACACGAAAUACUGGAUGCUGCUUUCAGCCCCGAACAUCGGCUGCACACAUCAGAGCUGCCUGCAGAUGUUCAGCAGGUUCUGCUGGUUAAAGAAGAACCGAGUCCUGAUCUGGACCAGAACCAUCCAGAACCCGUCCACAUGAAGGAGGAAGAGGAGGAACCCUGGAGCAGCCAGCAGGGGGAGCCGCUCAGCGUGAAGGAGGAGGCUGAUGCCUCCAGGUCUCCAGUCAUUGCUGUUCUCAUAAAGAGCGAAGAUGAUGAAGAGGAACCUCUGAUCUCUCAUCUUCAUCAAACAGAAGAUGAAGAACUGCCAAGCAGCAGCUCAGCUCAGCGGAUGAAGGCAACAACUGAAGGAGAGGAAGAUGCAGAAGAUGUGAACACUCCUAGAGACGCCACCGACUCUUCAGAGUCUGAGGUCACUGAUGAUGGAGAGGAUGAUGAUGUGGAGCAGCCUGACUCAGGGUCUGAAACUGAAGACAGUGAUGAUGAGUGGAAGGACAGCAGGACUCCUGAUUCAGGGGUCAACAGAUCCCUGAGCUGCUCUGAAUGUGGCCAGCAGUUUAACAACAAGCGCUCUCUUCAGAGUCACAUGGCCGAUCAUUCAGCACCAACGUCUUCAAGCUCAGCCAGUGAGGUCCAGGCAGGUCUGAAGCUGUAUGGUUGUCCUGACUGCGGUAAAUGUUUCAACAAGAAGGAUUAUCUCAACAAACACAUGAAAUACCACACAGGAGAGAAACCCUACGGGUGUGAUGUUUGUGAACAAAGAUUCAGAGUUAAGUCUAAAUUAAAUCGACACAUGAAAAUUCACACAGGAGAAAAACCAUUUAGUUGUGAGGUUUGUGAACAAAAAUUUAGAGUUAAAUCAAGUUUAAACAGACACAUCAGAGUCCACACAGGAGACAAACCAUUUAGCUGUGACUUUUGUGGGCGAAAAUUUCGUAAUAAGUCAACUUUAAACAAUCACAUCAGAAUUCAUGCUGGAGAAAAAGCAUUUAUUUGUGAUGUUUGUGAACAGAAGUUCAGGUUAAAAUCAACUUUAAAAAGUCACAUGAAAGUUCACACAGGAGACAAACCAUUUAUUUGUGAUGUUUGUGGGCAAAGAUUUAUCGGAAAGUCUGCUUUAAACCGCCACAUGGCAAUCCACACAGGAGAUAAACCAUUUGGUUGUGAUGUCUGUGGGAAAAGAUUCAGUGAAAAUUCUCAUUUAAACUGCCACAUGAGAAUCCACACAGGAGACAAACCGUUUAGUUGUGAUGUUUGUGAGCAAAGAUUUCGAUUCAAGUCAAAUCUAAACAGACACGUGAAAAGUCACACAGGAGAAAGACCUUUUGGAUGUGACGUUUGUGGACGAAGAUUUUUUCAGAAGUCUGCUUUAAAUGGUCACAUGACAAUCCACAGACGAGAUAAACCAUUUGGUUGUGAUGUAUGUGGUCGAAGAUUUACUGCAAAACCCACCUUAAAAAAUCACAUGAGGAUCCACACUGGAGGAGAAACUGCUUAGGGAAUAAGAAAUGCUUGUUCUGCCCUUCAAGAACGGGCUCUCUCUGGGUACUCCCAUGGUCUAAAAACAUGGCUACCCGUCUCUCUAAACUGCCUUUGUGUCCGCACACUUUAUGUUCUUUGUAUAGACAAUAAUGGACAGAUAUGGAAAAAGCCACGCAGUAGACGAACAGGAUUUAUCGAGUCUCAUGGCAGUUCAGGCUGUAAAAAAUCACAUGUAGAUCCACAAAGGAAGAAUUAUAAAUAUUAAGACAAUGCAGGAAUGUUCACCCUUUGUUAAACCAACAGAAGUAUUUUGUGAUGCAGGUUAUUGAUUGAGUUGAACUAAAGUUGAUUGAUCUCAUUGAUAGACUAUCAGAGUGAUGAUUUUCUUAAAAUCCUGAGUUUUGCCUUGAAGAGGCUGAGCUGUCUUUCCUUCCAUCAAGGGCUACAUGUUCAUAAAAUACUGAAUUAAAAAAGGAACGUCAUAUAUAUUUUAACAUUUUUUGUGUGAAACACUGACUGAAUAAACAGAAAUUUUUAUGUCUCACAUUAUUAAAUUUAGGCAAUUUAGACUCAUAAAAUAUUACAGAACUUGAACCUGUUUUAUUUCUGAUCAAGGGAGGAAAUCCAUUUGAUUAUUGGGGGCAAAUUGUUUAAGAGCAGCAAAGUUACAGCGAAACGUAACGUGAAAUAUGGUGUAAAACGUUUUAAUGUGUCCAAGCUGUAAGUGGUGCUGAUGCUUAACAUGUUUUUCUCAGUAAACUAAAAUGUAAAUGUCUAGUUUGGUUCAGAGUCACUGAUAUAAUCUCUGCUACACCUUUAUGAAAAUGUAAAGCUCUAAAUAAAAACCAGUUUUAA